AACAUCACAGGUAACACUUAGAAAGACAGGCUUUGCAAUUACAUCAUGUCAUCAUACAGUAUCAGGCAGAUCUCUACAGGAUCCUCAAGUGGCCUGGGAUCAGGUGGCAUUGGUGGUGGCUCAAGCAGGUUGUCUAUGGCUAGUCACAGGGCACCCAGCAUCCAUGGAGGCAGUGGCGGUAAAAAUAUCUCCAUCUCAAGAGUAGUUUCCUCUGGUGUCAGUGGUCUAGGUAGUAGCUUUGGUGGUGGAUAUGGUGGUCUAGGUUCUGGCGUAGGUGGAAGCUUCACAUCUAGCUAUGGUUAUGGCUUUGGAGGUGGACAUGGUGCUGGAGAAGGUCUUCUGAAUGGAGGUGAGAAGGAGACCAUGCAGAACCUGAAUGACCGUCUGGCCUCGUACCUUGACAAGGUGCACUCCCUGGAGAAAGCAAACUCCCAGUUGGAGAUUCAGAUUCGAGAAUGGUAUGAGAAGCAAGGACCAAGCCCAUCUCGUGACUACAGCCAGUAUUACAAAGUUAUUGAGGAUCUUCGUAACAAGAUCCUACAUGCCACUUUGGACAAUGCCAGCACUCUUUUGCAGAUUGAUAAUGCCAAAUUGGCUGCUGAUGACUUCAGAACCAAGUAUGAGACUGAACUAUCCCUCCGUAUGAAUGUGGAGGGUGACAUCAAUGGCCUGCGCAGAGUCCUGGAUGAAUUGACCUUAGUUAGGUCAGACCUGGAGAUCCAGAUUGAGAGCUUGAAGGAAGAGUUGGCCUACCUGAAGAAAAACCAUGAGGAGGAAGUAAAUGCUCUCCGAGGACAAACCGGUGGACAUGUUAAUGUGGAGAUGGACGCUGCCCCAGCUGUUGAUCUUAAUAAGAUCUUGACCGAUAUGAGACAGCAAUAUGAAGACAUGGCCGACAAGAACCGCAGGGAAGUCGAAGCCUGGUACUUCAAGCAGACAGAAGAACUGAGCAGAGAAGUUGCAAGCCACAGUGAACAGAUCCAGUCCAGCAAAACAGAAAUAACUGACCUUAAACGUACCUUCCAAAGCUUAGAGAUUGAGCUGCAGACACAACUAAGUAUGAAAUCAGCAUUGGAAGGCACUCUGGCAGAGACAGAAGGCCGGUACUGCGUCCAGCUCUCUCAGAUACAGGACUUGAUCAGUAGUGUUGAAGGUCAACUUGCUGAGUUACGGUCAGAUAUGGAACGCCAGAGCUACGAAUACAAAAUACUCAUGGAUGUGAAGACCCGACUGGAACAGGAAAUCGCCACCUACAGACGUCUCCUGGAGGGAGAAGAUGUUAACAUUCCAUACAAAGAAAGUCCUAAAACCGUCCGCCAGUACCGCACCAUCAUUCAGGAAACAGUUGAUGGACAGGUCGUUUCAACAAAGGAGCAAGUUCACAGAGAGAAAUAACCUAAAACAGUCUCCAAACUCAGCACAGAGUAUCAUUGACUUACAUAUAAUAACAUGUCUAAUGUAAAAUGCUCACCAACAGUCAGCGGUAAGCCACCUGUGGCAUCCCAGCUCCAGGUGACAAGACAUGUUCUGGUUUGUAGCUCCACAAAUCUUGGAGAGCCACAGGCUGGCUAAUCCUGUGGUAUAAUAACAUCUCUCUUUUGAGCAACCAAUAAGAAAUUCUGAGAUAUGAUCAAUCAAUGGUAUUUUGUGCUGGAUUAAUCAUUUUAAGUUAUUGAUACCAAUGUAAUUCCUGUGUUUCCGGUAUCCAAUAAUACAGUUCUUUGUGCUACUUCUUAAGAUCUUGUUUAUUCUGUUCUAAUAAAGUUAUCA